AUGUUAUUCUUUCAUUUUUUCUUUCACAUUUUCAUCCUUCAAUUUCUUUCUAUUUUAUUCUCUCAUUCUAUUUAUUCUUUACAGUCUUUCACUCUUGUUUCUUCAUUGUUUUUAAUUUAUUCCAUUCCAUUUCAUUAUGUAGUUAUUAUUCUUUCUUUAUUUACUUUCUUUUAUUCUCUUAUUCCACAUAUUUUUUUACUUUCUCUUAUUCUCUUAUUCUGCACAUUAUUUACUUUCUUUUAUUCUCUUAUUCUGCAUAUUAUUCACUUUCUUUUAUUCUCUUAUUCCGCAUAUUAUUUACUUUCUUUUAUUCUCUUAUUCCACAUUUUAUUUACUUUCUUCUAUUCUCUUAUUCUGCAUAUUAUUUAUUUUCUUUUAUUCUCUUAUUCUGCACAUUAUUUAUUUUCUUUUAUUCUCUUAUUCCACAUUAUUUACUUUCUUCUAUUCUCUUAUUCCACAUAUUAUUUACUUUCUUUUAUUCUCUUAUUUGCAUAUUAUUUACUUCUAUUUACAUGA